UGCGUCAGAUUUUUUAUAAACAUGUCACAUUUCAGCACAGAGCAAAUCGUGUAAAAUUUUAUAAAUUAUCUUCAAUUAUCUACAAAUAUCAAUAAAGAAUCCGACUUUUACUAUCUUAUCUUUAUUUAAAUAAUUAUUAUUGAGACAUCCGACUAUAUAUCAUUAUCAUUAGGUUACAAAAUUGCUAUGUGAGUUAUGAGUGUUCUACUGCGCCCGAUAUCUAUAUUUAGGCAGGCGGUGCGGACGAAUAGAGCUGUACACUUGAAGAAUACCUUUACUACGGCAUUAGUCUGGAGAGCCAUGGAAGAUAAAGAGGCCUUGAAAAAACGUUUAACACCAAUCCAGUACCAUGUUACCCAAGAAGCUGGGACCGAAAGACCUUUUACCGGUAGUUACAAUAAGUGUUACGAGGAUGGUUUAUAUGUAUGUAUAGUUUGUAAACAAGACCUAUUCAGUUCCAAAACCAAAUAUGACUCUGGCUGUGGAUGGCCUGCUUUUAAUGAUGUUCUUGCUAAAGAAAAAGUGACCUUACACCAGGAUACUAGUGCAGUUGGGGCGAAUAUAUUACUGGUUUUAACACGGCCAGGUUUGGUGCGAACUGAGGUGCGAUGCUCCAAAUGCUCGGCGCACCUGGGCCACGUGUUCAAUGACGGGCCGGUGCCCACCAAGAAACGGUUUUGUAUUAAUUCGGCAGCGUUGGACUUCAUACCGGCAGAAGAACGAACGGAUUAGUGUAAAAAUAUGUUAUUAGUGGGGCUUUGAGCCCGUUUGUCCACCGUGACCGCUAACGACACAUAGCAUAGUCGCCCCUAUAUGGCGUCCCAUGCAUUUAAAUACUCGUCUGCCCAAUCUACGAUGGUCGACCGACAAACCGUCAAUAUCCCUUAACUUUCACAUUGACGUACUUAACGGUUGUCUUUAUCGGUUACGGUGAAUGAAAUAUAUCUUAAUAAUUAUUGGGGUGUUAUUAGUGGCGGAUUUACAAAUUUGCCGCCAGUAGGCUAUGGACUUUUUGCAGCCCCUACUGAAAUCGGAAAUUCGAUAGGUAUCGAAUCAAUACAAUUCAAUAAAAUUGCAAGUUUUAAUAUUUUAGUAGGGCGUACAGGACGUACAGGACUAAAAUAAUAAAAAAAACUAUCAUUACAUUUUCUUUAUUUCUGUAGAAGAUAAAGUUUUUUGGGUCAAAAAAUCUGCCGCCCUAGGCUCCAGCCUACUUAGCCUACUGGUAAAUCCACCACUGGGUGUUAUCAGUAGGUCUUACAUAUAUAAAAUAUUGACUGAAUUGUCAAUAAUUUUUCGACUAAUUUCGGUUUUGUAUGCUAUUUUCAAUGCUUUGUAUUAUAACAACAUGUUAUCCAAAUAUUGCAAUAAGUAUGCUGCUUAUGGACGUGGUAAUAUAGUAUUUUCCAGUGGUGUGCACUACAUAGAUAUGCAAAAAUAUUCAGGCUACUCUGAGGACAAUGUACGAAACUGAUCCAAUACAGAUUCCAAUAAGAAUUAGUAUAAUAAAUAAUGCCUGGCCUAGUUAAAAACUUUGUCCAUGUCACUGACAUUUACACACUAGCGUUUGUCCGGCGAAGCCAUUCGCCCAAUACAUGCGUCGUUUAGACGCGAAGACACGACGAACAUUAGUGUGAAGCAUCAGCUCUAUAACUUGCUUAUGAAUAAACCUAAAUAAUUAUUUUUUUUUCAUACUUAAUGUUAUUUUUUUUAUAUACACCAUUUUCAUGUUUAUUUUUAUUCGUGAUUCAAUGUCUCAAAAAAAUCAUUUUAUUUACUUACCUAUAUAAAAGAAUAAUUAUCAUAAUUGUCCUAAAAACCAUUAAUAAUAAUGUAAUAUUUAGUUCAGAAUAAUUACUUAAAUGGCUUUUGUAGCCAAAGGUUGGAAAACUAUUGGUAACUGAUAGGCACUUCCAUCAGUCCAAGCUUUGACUACAGGAGUCUCUGAUUUAUUCUUUUACUACGUAGUUACCAUAUCGAGUCAUCAAGAGUUUUAUCUUUCGUUGAUUUUACAAUUAAUUGACAUUGUCAUUUAAUUUUUAUUUAUAGUAAUUUAUGUUUUCAUAUCGCAUAGUACAAAAUAUUCGUGUUAUGAAUAUCGACUUGUUUUGUCGUUGCUUCUGUAUUGAUAUAAAUAUUUUUGAUGAGUAUAAA